CGGAGCAACACUACCACCCAUAUAUCCACGGAACGACGUUUCAGAGGUUGUAACUACAAACUCAAUGUGUUACUCUGUGUGCAGGUCUAUUUGCACUGAGUUCGUGACUUGCAUCCGUUUUUCCGGGCCGCACCACCAUUGUGGUGAAGAGGAAGACGUUUUUGAGUCAGUUGUUGAAUAUAGAAUUGAAUGCUGAAAAUUCGUUGUUCAAGUCAUUCUUCAAGGAAACUCAAAAUCCUUCAUUUUCUUAACAAACGAGCCUGGUCUGCAAUCCUGAUAUCGACGUAAACCAAAUAAACCUUAUCAAAGGCCUACAUACCUAGUGAGGGGUUCCUAAGCAAUAAAAGUCAGCCAAUAAUGAUAACCACCACCAACUCUAAAGCAGAGGACGAGGCCUGUUACCGGGACUCCCAGCAGAAACCGGGUCCUCAAUUUCCCCACUCAUGCCUGUGAUCCCCAUCCCUCGGCGGGUGCGCAGUUUCCAUGGUCCACACACCACCUGCAUGCACUCGGCCUGUGGGCCGGCACGCACCACCCAGCUUGUGCGCACCAAGUACAACAAUUUUGACCUGUACUUGCGCUCGCGCUGCAUGUACGGCUUCCUGCGUUUCCUGCUCUACUUCGGCUGCAGCCUUCUGACCUCUCUCCUCUGGGUGACCCUGUCAGCUCUCUUUUGCCUGCAGUACGUGUGUGCCCGGGUCUUCCUGCGACUGCAGUACAAGCUUUCCGUCAUCCUCCUGUUGCUAGGACACCGGCGCCUUGACUUUGGGGUACUAAACAACCUGUUUAUCUACAGUAUGCAGGUCACCAUGUUUCUGGUGGGAGGCUUGGGCUGGUGCUUCAUGGUGUUUGUGGACAUGUAGCUUCUGGUGACAAACGUGACCAUGGGUUCGCUUGUAUACCAUUGACAGGCCUCCAUCUAAGUGAUGCGCAGCACACAUGGGCAGGUGUGAAGCAGUUUGUUGUCUGUAGGAAAACAGAUGACAAAAGGAUAGGUUCGUAUUAGUGUUUGAAUUGACUCGCUAUAACAUUACUUUUGUUAUGUUAUUUUAUACAUUCUCUGUUGAGAGAGUUCAGAGGCAAAUGUACCAUGCAUUAAAACAUUUUGGAUGAGUAAUUGUGUACCUGUGUGUAUGAUGCAUGUAGGUUGUCUUUUGGAUGCCAGUAAUAUCCAUGAUAGGUAUGGUGAAAAGGCCUGCUUCUUGAGCUGUUAUCAAGUCUAAACACAUGUAGCAGGCUUUAAGGAAAUGUCUGCAAUCAGGUCCCACACACACUCAUUCUAAAUGAUUAAAAUAAAUAUGAAGGUUCUCUUUUGUGAUGUUCAGCCAGUCCAGUGUGGAGGAGUAGUUAAGAUGGCCUGUUAACACCCAAAAGUGCAAGUUGUCAUAGGCUUCUCCUUUUCCUCACUGGAACUUUUUCUUGUUGAGGACAGCAGAGGGUGUCCAGUCUUGAAGUGCAAGUUACUCUGGAUGAAUUUCGUUAAAGCCCUCAUUUAGUCCCAGAAUCCCACACUCACACACAGAACAUUCUGUUUGGCCUCUCUAAGAACACAAUAGCCAAUCAGCCAGACCUCCAUCUGUGCCAACCAAAACAAAGACUGUGAUUUGUGGCUGUGGCCCAAUGACCUUAUAUAGCUUAUUUUCCCCCUACACUAGGACUGAUCUGAAGCACAGACUAGAAGUAUGGUGUAAAACAUAUUCAGUAGUGUAAUUCAAGUGUAAGGCCUGUAGUUUUCACAUUCAAUAUGCCCAUUAUUUUUCCCUUUAAAAUGCAUUCUGGGAUUUUUGGCCACAGGUUUUUAAAGUGGCACUGUCAAGCCAAAAACUGCCCUAAAAAAUGUGUGCCAUGUAAUGUACAUGCAUAUGCCUGUGAAUUGAAAACCACUCACUUUCAAAUGUGGGAGUUUUAUGGCUUUAUACUUACAGAUUAUGCACAUAUAAAAUAUUACACAUCCAGACCAAAACAGGUUUAAAAAAAGGUCAGUCACAGACAGCGUCUUUAAAGUUCUGGUCAGUGAAACAACAGAUGCAGUAAACAGCGGAGGCUGCAUUUUCUCCAAUACCAAGAACAUUGAACCAUGUUGCCAAACUGUACCUCCUUUUCUGGACCUGUGGCUACAGUACCUGUGUGUGAUUGUAUGAGAGGGAAUGACUGCUCAUUGCAAAGUCAUUGUCCUGAGACAACCUAAAAAGUAGAGGUCCUACUCAACCUAUCAUUUUUCUUCGUUUUCCCCUUUCCUGCAAUUCAAGCACAAGGCCUGGCCAGGAAACCAUCUGGUCCCUAGUUAUAGGCAAAGCCUCAGUACUUAACCCAUUAAUGGUUAGAGAGCUGACUUUCCAAUGUAGUCAUUUCAGAUCGGUGCUGAAUACUUAGGGAAAGAAACAAGAAAACCAAUGGCCCAGAGAGAGAUGAGUCCAGCUCAAGUUUGUUUCUGAGAUUGCUGAAUACUGGCAGUAGGGGGAAGUGCGUGACCUGCACAAGCCUGUAUUGUUUUUACUCCGGGACACUUAGGUUGCAUUUCGACAGGCAGCCCUAUUAAUUCAACAUAUGUUGAUCCUCAUCAACACUCAUAGCGAGGGGUCUACUGCUAUUAUAGCUGUAAAAUACUGCCAUUAUUAAAAUAUGUAUAUAUUAAUGGCAGUAUUUGACAUAUAACAAAUAACAGAAUCUGUUCAAAGCGUUUGUUCAGAAAGUUCAUGUGGACUGCUUUAUGUGUAAAUGUUCUGUUGUUUCUUUAGUUUCUGCUAAUAUUCUGGUCAUUGCACUGUAUAUUUUCAUUAUGCCUAAGCCUUUCAGGAAGGGCAUAUGAAUAAAUGGAUAAAACAUU